UUUCAUUAGUGUUAGAGCUGAAAAGAUCCCCGACUGAAUAUCUUUCAAGUGGCAUCAGAUUUGGUCUCAACGCUCAAUGAACCAGCCUGUUGGAAGUAUCUUUUGAUCUAUUGGAUUCGACGUUAUUACCUCUUGUACCGGUACCUGGUAGUGUUUGGUGCAUGGUUUCGGGUCCAGCCAGAUACCCCAUUGUUCUCAUAAACCCAAGAAGAAGAAGAAGAAAGAAACAAGAAAGAAAGACCAAAACAAACACAUCAUACCACCACCAUCAUCAUGGGCAAGAAGCGGGCUGCCGCUUCUCCUCCUCCUAGGAAUGGCGGAACGCCGUCCAAACGCCGUCCUCCUCAGGCGUCUCCCUUGAAGGAACAGCUGGUCAAGUUCGAAAUGAAGUUUGCCGAGAACGAGGUCGUCGUGGCAUUGAGCGACAAGGAGAAUGCCGACGACCCCAAGGAAAAGUUUUGGAUUGGAAGGCUCGUGGAGGAUGUCUUGUUGGGAGACAAGAACGAAGAAAAUGUCAAGAUUCGAUGGUUUGAAUAUGAAGAGGAAGAGGAGGACGAAGAAAAGAAGGAAGAAGACGAAGCAAAGAAGGAAGGCGAAGAAAAGAAGGAUCAACCCAAGCCCAAGAAGGACGAGAUUGUGGUGCUGGAAGAAGAUCAGGAAGACGACGACGAGGAGGAUGAAGAUGAUGACGUGGAUGGGUUUCCCAAAGAUCCCGAUCCCACCUACGACACGACACCAAUUGGAUCUCUGGUCUGUUCGGUGACAAGUCUCUUGAUCCGACAAAAGGGAGCUGUGGACGAACCCACCCGUUGGACUGUUCCUCCCACUGCGUAUGACUAUGCCAAUAAAAAGCUCCAGCAACAACUGGAAGACAGCUACGAUUCCGAAAAUGACAGUCAGUUUGGAGACCAGGCCGUCGAGAAACGAUUGGCGCAAGCACACAAAAUCAAUCACAAAUAUAUGCAAAAACACAAAAAACAACAACAAAUCAAAAAGGGUGGCAAGAAAACAAAAGACGAGGAUGAUGAUGAUGACGACGACGGCGACGGCAAAAAGAAGAAGGGCAAGAAAAAGGGUGGCAAAAAGAAAUCCAAAAAGGCCGGAAAGCGUGGAUUGACGCCGCGAGACUAUAUCGCCCCCGUUCCCAAUCCCUUUACCGACCGAAAGACGGGAAAGCUGGAAACCUUUUCGGGGGAUAUCGAACGCACCGGCAAGGAAAUUAUUCGGGCGGUCCUCUCCAAAGAUCACAAGGCACUCAAGAUGGCCGUAGUGGACGCCACUGACAAGGUCCCCACAGCUGUUCACGUGGGACUAUCGGUAGGCUGUCCCUUUACGGGGCUCAUGUAUGCCAUGGUCACGGGAAACAUUCCGGCCGUCAAGAUCUUAUUGGAUGACUUGAAACCACCCGAAGACAAGAACAAACCCAAACCAUCUCGCGCGUACCCUCAGAGCUGUGCCUUGCCCACGUUGAGUACGGGAAAACAAACCUCCCGCCAUGCCAAUUACAAUCGCCGCGCCAUUAAUGCCUCACGGGGUGGUCGCGAAGGAAACAAUGCCUUGUUGCACGAUGCCAAUGGCGCUGUCUACAAGCAUCUGGGAGCCGCGAUCAGUGAAUCUCAAUUGCCCUACUACGCAUUCAAACCCAUGCCCGACUCGCCCCACUAUUGUUUCAUGCGUGAUUUUGAUGAAAUCCCCAGUGAGGUAUUGGAUUUGGCCGAGGCCACCUACUCGAGGAGUUAUAUGGGGCCGCAGCUGGAUGCUAUGAUGAAAGCAGGACACCUUCACCUUGUACAUCGCACAUUGGUCAAACUAACCAGUCACGCCUUUGGUUCCAACUCCUUUAACUUUUUGCAUGUGGAGUGUCUGACAACCACCACUCAUGACGACGCACCGGAAGAAGAAGAGGAGGAAAGCAACAAUCGACGCGGCCGCAAAAAGGCUACCAAAAAGAAGAAAGCUCCCACAAAAAAGGCCAAAAAGAAAGAAGAGGAGAAGAAAGAAGAGAAGAAGGCGCUCUUUUCCAAACCAGUCUUGGCCCGGUCAGUCGUCAAAAAGAGCGACACGGAUUUGCGCUUUUCUCCCUUGGCGUGUGCCUGCAUCAAUCCCAACACGGCUUACUUGGAAAAACUGUUGGAAGUGGCACCCGAACAUGCCGACGUGUUAGACCAAAAGAACACCACAUUGCUUCAUUAUGCGGCGGCUUGCCAAGGUUCUGGUCCGGUGGAGUUUCUCUUGUCCAACUUCCCACAACAAUCACCACGAAUGGCACUGGAUAAAUCCAAAGAGAUGCCGCUCCACUGGGCCGCACGGGCUGCAAGACCGGACAACGUCCGUGCCUUGUUGAACGGUCAGUCCGAGGAUGAUAUCAAAACCUUGUUGAACGCCAAGACAGCAGAAGGAAUGGCACCGUUGCAUUAUGCCGCCCAAACUAGGCGCAAACAAAACUUAGAAACGGUCCGGGCGCUCCUGGAAGCGGGGGCCGAUGCCAACCUGCCCAGCAGCGCUGCAAGGAACAAAGUCAGCCCGGUCCACAUCGCGGCACGAAUGGGAGAUUUGCCAAUACUCAAGUUGCUGUUGGAGCACAAGGGAAACCCGAGCAAGGGAGACAAGUUGGGAAGAUCCCCGCUGGUACACGCCUGCAUGAAUGGACAAACUCACAUUGUAGCGUAUCUGCUGGGUGAAGUGGGGGUGGAUCCAGAAGUUCCAGAUUCCAGUGAUAAUCGUCCCAUGCAUUACGCUGCUGCCUAUGGUUGGAGCGACUGCGUCAAGCUACUCUUGACAAAGAAUCCAGACAAAGAAGCAGAGGAGCCUCGUGUCGACAAGGAUGGUGACACGACUAUGAAAGAUGGUGACGACCCGCCGGCCACUGUGCCCCCCGCGUUCACCUCUAUUGCCAACCCCGAUCCAAAGAAUUCGUGGAAGACGACGGCGCUUGCCGUCGCCAUCCAAAAGGGACGACAAGAGGUUGCUUCUCUCCUUUUGGGUUUACCGGCUGUAGAUAUCAACUACCCAGAUGGAGAGACCGGGAAGACCCUUUUUCUACGUCUGGUGGAAGUGUUUAUGCAGAAAACCUUUCUUGCCAAACAACCCUCGCCUUUUGACCACGAAGGAGAUGACGAACAAUCCCAAGCCUUGAGCAAGGAAAUGCCCUGGGCGUUGCGGAAGCUCUUUGACAGGACCGACCUGGACGUGUCGGUGACGUCUCCGGACACUGGCUACAAUGUGCUCCAUCUCCUUUGCUCACAAGAAUAUCCGGGAACUAGCGGUGAAGAGCGCGCUGUGGUGCUGGCAAAGAUGGUGCUUUCAAGGAUUUCAGCGAGAGCUGACGGCAAAGAUAGAAUUGACGUCGACGCCCGAGACAAGGAAGGAAUGACUCCGUUGUUGCUAGCUUCUGCAAAAGGAAACCCAAGGCUACUAGAGUUCUUGAUCAGCAAACGCGCCAGUGUCAAAGCUGAUGUCGUGGACAAACAAGGUAGGAAUAUUUGCCACCAUUUGUUGGGUCAAAGAGCGCACUCUAAAGAGUGCGAAAAGCAGCUGGCUCUUGUCGAAAAGAAUGCUGGUGGUGAGGCCGAAUAUUUGAAACUUCUUGAAUUAGCCGACAACGAGGGAUACACACCCGCACACAUGGCAAUGAAAACACUGUGUUCGGGCUUGGCGGAUGAAGCAUUCGAUCGUGGCCAUGCUCUUGUCAAGGCCAUCUGCUCGCGCUUUCCAGUUCUGGUGCGUGUCCGUGUCGGCCCAACGAAGCAGUUCACCGAUCCCGCGGUGCUUGCCAAUAUCCUGACUGAGGCUGCGGAGGACAGUGCUGGUAAUGCUGCUUACAACAACAGGCGGGCGAGGAACUGCGGUCGCAUAACCCUGAGCGGUGCCGAUCGAGUGGACGCAAACAAAAUUCAAGAGGCUCUGAAGUCGAUCGACAGCAUCGUUCCCGUGGAUUGUGAAGAUGCAGGAAAGACACUGCUACAUCUCGCAUGUGAGUCGUCCAACCCUGACAGGAUCAACGAGAUGCUGGAGUGGUUGCUUUCCUCGGCACCGGGAAAUGUGAAGCUUACUGCUGGUCCCACAAACCAUGCGCGCUUGACUCCUGUUCAGUAUCUUGUCAGGGAGAAACUCACGGCUGGAGGCUUUAGCCGUUCCAAACCACUCCAGAACGCAAAGGAAGAACACAAGGCCUUGAUUUCGUCGCUUUUGGAUGGCGUUGCCGCUCUGCUUGCUGCCUCGGGAGGGUCGAUAAGCGUCAAUGACAUGCCUCCCUUGGAUGAACGUGAGGCAUCAUCGUUCAAGUACGACGCCGAAAAAGACACGGAAUCUGUCGGAGACUUAAGACGCCUUGCAACUGCUUUCCAAGCUGACUCAAGCAGUGAGAACGGAAAGAAGCUGGUGAAGGCGUUCCAGGAAUUGAUGCAAUCCCGUGCACAGCGAGCUCUCACAGACCAACCCAGUCGUUCCUCUUUGCCGGUUGCUGUUCUCCUAGCCAAGGCGGGGACGAGCGUCGUACUGCUGGAGGCUUGGGAUCGUCUUAUCGGCGAAUUCAAAUUGGAAUUGAACAGCCCAACAGAAAGGGACACAGCCCUACUUGUGUCUCUUCACAAGAAGGACAUGAGUCUUUGUGGUUACCUCUGUGAACGCUGCCCUGAUCUGGUCCUUGCUCCAAACCACAAGACAAUGGAGUGUCCUGUGCACGUUGUGGCCAAGAUGGACGACCCUGAGUAUGUUAAGUUGAUCUUGGGCCAUAUCAAAUCAGAGAAAGCAAUCAAUCAAGCUCGCGACAGGUUCGGUCGCACUGCAUUGCACUUGAGCGUUGCAAAAGCAGCACGCCGCCAAGGUGAAGCCUUGGACCCUUGUGAGCUCCUCUUCUUGAAGGCCGGGGCUCGGGUGGACACCAAGGAUGCGAGACAGCGGACCCCGCUUCAUUACUGCUUCCUGGAUUCUUCCGGCGGUGAUGACUAUUUUAACUUCCCCCACUCGCUCCCCCGGGAAAGCCACGAUCGAAUCGAUCUUGUAAGCUCUCUUUUGGGGGCGGUGGCUGCGCUUCAAUCUAAAGAAGGGGGUAGUGUGAAAGCCAUCGUGGAUCAACCUGAUCGACGUGGGCGGACAGCCCUUUUCUAUGCCGCAGCCUUCAACUCCACCGUGUCAAGUCUUCUUCUUUGUAACCAUGGAGCCGAUCUUUUCCUUGAAGAUCAAGACAAGAAUACUCCGGUGAACGUUGCGGUUCUCCGGGGUCAUGCGAACUUUUGCAUCGCAUUGCUAAAGAGCAGAGGUGCCGCAAGCAACCUCCCUGACCUGGUUGAUGUCGUUGACGUUCAGCGCGAGAAAACACAGAAUGAGAAAGGAAGAAGCGUCAUAAAGGUCAAGUCCAGAGCAAGCAAUUCCAUUGUGUGGCAUGCAAUCAAAAAAGGCUUUCGAGGUCUAGUCUACAUACUGCUUGACUCAUUUCCUCUCUCCCAGGCAGUUGUCGAUGCGAUUGAUAACGGGGCAUUCCAGCUUGUUCGCAAGCUGUUGACGACAAGCCCGCCACAGGUGGUCCAAUACGUGAAUCCAGACAAUGGUCGAACGCUUCUUCAUGAAGUUGCCGAUGUACCACAAUAUCAGAACCCUGAGUGGGGUCUGACGAUGGCGAAUCUGAUGCUGGAAAGCGGAGUUCUUCCGGCGGCGGUGACGAAGGAAGGGCAGACAAGUUUGCAUAUUUCUGCUUUUCGUGGACAUGUCAGACUGACAGAGUUGCUGGCGACAAAGGAUGUUUCGGUGGUGAGUGUACAAGACUCCGAGGGACACUAUCCUCUGGGAAGCUUCAUGCGGGCCUUGCCUCGUCUGAGCCUCUCUGGUGGGGACUGUUCCAAGAUGCUGGAUUAUCUUACUAGGUCUAAAGAUAUGAGUCUGGGAGACCCCGAGGUCAACCGGGUGCCACGAUCAAAGGAUGACGUGACCAAGAUAGAGUACCAUGGAAUGAGCUUUCAUCCUGGCCCGAACCUUGAAACCGUCAAGGCUGAAAUGUCCAAGAGAAAUCGGGGUGGUGAUGAUGGAUCAGGCGCACAGCCUGAUGUGAAGCAUUUCUCAACGCUUCUUGUUCAAGCUGUUCGUACACAAAGAUUGGGCUUGGCGCAAGAACUGAUCAACAAAGGAGCCAAGGUGGAUCUACCAGACUCCGAUGGCUUGGCCCCAAUCCAUCACGCAGUGUUGAGCGUGUCAAUUCCCGCCGCGGCAUUGUUGCUGCGCAACGGGUCGAACCCAAAUGUCACAACCGAAGAUGACCGCGCAUUGACUCCGCUCAUGCUUGCUACCUUUGCUCAAAGUGGAGAACAUGCGAAUGGUCGUGACUACGAAGACGCCUUUGAAGUAGCAAAGAUGUUGCUGCGUUUUGGGGCCCUUGUUCUCCCAGCUUGUCAGCAAACGGGGAGCACAGCGCUUCACUUUGCAGUUCGCGAGAACAACGGUAGAAUGGUUGAACUGCUAUUGCGUGCGUCGCUGUAUCCACCAGAAAGAGAAAGCACAGAGGGAUCGGUAGAGGUGAAGAAGGGACCGUGCUUGGUGCGAUUUGGUGGUGAAUCGGCGCUGUAUCCCGCAGAGAUUGAUGGCGACAUUGUCAAGGCGUUUGGACCAUCAAUGAAGUCUGAGCUCCCGCGACGGCUUGUUUCCGAAAGCUUUGAUCACAGCGACCUAACACUGGACUCAUUGGACGGUCUGGUCAGGCUUCUCCGUGAGAAGAAAGGCAUAAAACAAAAGUCGAGCAGCCACGUUCCUGGUGACAAACCCCGUCCGCCUGGUGGCAAAUUUCUUCGGCCGCCUUCAUCUGAUGAUGAUGAUGAUGACGAUGAUGACGAUGAUUUGUUCGGAGAUUCAGAUUCGGAUGACGAAUUGCUUGCUGCUGGCAAUGCCGGUGCGGGCGGUGUGCUCGUUCGAUGCCCAAAACAGCACCCGGCAUCGCGUCAUCUGACGAGACAUGCCAACUUCAAUUGCGACUUGUGCGGGAAAAAAUUGGAGAAGGGUCGCCCGAUGUACGGGUGCAGACGUUGUGACUGGGACGCCUGCUUGGAGUGUGCUGCUGAAGGGUCCGAAAAAGCAGAGCUCGCCGAAUACUAUGGGCUGGAGUCUCUCAUAGUCGGCGCAACAGACAAGAACCUUACAGCGACAAUACCAAAGGGAGAAAAAGUCAUCGUGCAGCCCAAGGAAGGUGCUAGGCGAACGUAUGCCAAUGCCAAGGAACCAUGGUUGGAGGGUACAGUUGUCGCAGUGCAUGAAAACGGCAGCUACGACAUUGAUCUGAUUCGGGGCGAAACAUUCAAAGAUGUGCUUCGACAACAAAUUCGGCAUUGGAAGGCUCAGAACAACUCUAGUCCGAGCUUUGAUGGAGCAGUGAAGGAGGUAUUGUCCGUCAGGGACAAAGGAGGCUUUACGUGUAUCCAGGCGGCAGUCAAAGCAUUCGAGUUCGGAUCAUUUGAAUCCAUCGAAUUGGUGGAGCUCCUGAUCAAGUAUGGUGCUACGGUUGAGGCUGACGCGAUAGCAUUGACUCGGCCUGGCUCCUCGUUCAGAGCCCAACUGAUUGCAAAGAUGAAGGAUUCUUCAUCAGUAAUGGACGAAGACGAACCAGCCCAAGAAAUGAAAAAAGCCUCUGCCCUCCACGGUCUUGAACCAAUCCCGAAAGCUGUGUUUGAAGAACAAGCAAAGGCAGCCUUGAUAUCUCUGGAGUCAAAGGGAAUGAUGAAGCGCAGAGAGCGCUCCGCAAAGAUCAACAAAGUUUGUCAGGUGAAAGCGGUGGGGUUGCACGUCUUGCCUGUGGUCGUGGGUGCUGUUGGUGAUUCGGUUGACGCUGAUGUUCUGACCAAGAAGCCAAAGUUUUAUGAUGUUACGAUGGUUGCUGUGGAAGUGACUCAUCAUUAUCACUCGGAAAACAAGUACUACAAAAUGCAGAUUCUUCAAGACCCAAUGAAAGAUCUGUUCGUCUUGCUCACGAACUGGGGCCAGGUUGGAGACGGUGGAGGACAGAAGCAAGAAACUCCGAUGGGUACCGGACAAGAAGCGGUGAAAGAGUUCGAGAAAAUCUUCAAGGCAAAAUCUGGAAACCUGUUUGAAGACUGUGGUACGGACAGAUUCCAUCCAGUUCUUGGAAAGUACAAACCCAUCAAUCUACUUGCGUCUGACUAUGAGAAACCCGAGGUUCCUGAUAUUUCCCGCAUGGUCGCCGAUGCCAAAGAUUUCCCAGAGGUCGUGCGCAAGUCUUCUUUGCCUCCUGCUUUGUCGGAAACAAUUGUGACGUUUGUGGACCCAAGCGCAAUUGCAGGCGCGGCGAAGUCACUCGGAUACAACCAGGACAGUCUCCCUUUGGGAAGAUUGUCGAUAGAAAGCAUACUUGAGGCUGAAACGAAGCUGGAUGAUGUGGAAGCAGCUCUAAAUGAAGCCAAGAAAUUCACCAAACCGGAAGAACUUGGGGAACGUCGGGCUGCUCUAGAGAGAGUCGCCAUUUUGUCGAGCCAGUUGUAUGAAUUAAUCCCUACGCGAGAGGGCGACCAAGCCCUGCGGCCUCUGGAUGAAAACUCCUUGAAGAGGGCAAGAGCGGACUUGUUCUCUCUGAAAGACCUCACCACAGCGUCACAAAUUGUGAAUACUGCUUGUGUUGAAGCCACAAAAGUAAACCCUCUGGACUAUGCCUACCGAGCAUUGAACUCGAACAUUGAUAUCCUUGAUUCGGGAUCCACAAGGACUGGCAUUGAGCAGUUCUUUCGCAAUACUUGCGAAAACGAUGACCAUGUCAUCAAUGAAGUGUUUGCGGUCGAUCGAAUGGACGAACCCAGCAACGCAAAAUUGGAGAAUCAUCGCCUGUUGUGGCAUGGAACUUCCGCUUCCAAUAUGAUGGGAAUUCUCAAGGAGGGGCUGCGGGUCGCUCCGCCAUCCGCCCAAGUGACUGGAGCGGCAUUCGGAGAAGGGGUCUACCUGGCUGAUAUGGCGUCGAAGUCAUUUGCCUAUUGCAGGGCCGAUUUUCGCGCUGAUGCAAAGAAAAAGCCAAGAGCGUACCUCCUACUCGCGGACGUUGCGCUUGGCAAGCAAGAGCGCGUCACUUCGUCUGUGUAUGACACAGGUGAAGAGUACAGCAAGGGCGACACAGUCAUGGCUGUCGGAUACGAAGGUCCGCGCACGGAACAAGACGUCACUUUUGUCAGCACCGGCGCAGUCAUCCCUCUGGGCAAGUCGAUGAGAAACCCAAAAUUCAAACCAAGAGCCAAAUGGAUGAUAUCCAACCGUAGAGAAGCUAGCAAAGAAGCAUCCUCAGCCAUCGAAACAGCACGCAAUUCUCGUUCGACGAAGUUCCCAGCCUCGGUACGAAUGGAGUAUGAGUCAAAAUCAUGGGAGGUCCAGCUGGAUCAUGGCCCCUACGCCCCGAAAGCAAAGGCUGUGCCUGUCGCCAAAAAGAGAGCGGCGGAGCAGUCAGGAGGAGCUCAAAAGAAACAAAAAGGACCAGAUGGGCAAACGAUUGACAGCGGAACAGGAACGUGGCACUAUUGGUUGGAUGCGCCGAUGGAUGGUCGGCAAAGAGGCUGGCAUUUGUACGAUUCUAGCGCUUCCGAGAAACUAGAAGGCUUCCUUCAGAACAAGGGAAAGCAACUCUCGCGGACAACUUGGCAUCUGCAAUCGGGCUAUUUCUCUUACGAAGUGGACAUCGAAAACAUGACCCAACGCAACAUGAAGACAGGAACUGUCCGACCAAUCCGGCGCGCAUUGCCAGGCGAAGUCGUGUCAAUGACACAACCCCCAAUCUACAUACCGCCUAAGAAUUCGGGCAUUACCAACCAAGGCGACGUGGCUGCAAACGGUCUUGAUGAUAGCGACGACAGUGACGAGGAGGAGAAAGCAACCGGCAAAAAUGAGCCGAAACCGUUGGAACUAUUUCGACAGGAAGAGAACCUCAGGAAUUGUAUCCACUUCAACGAGUAUAUCGUCAACGACACGAAUCGAAUCAACAUCAAGUACAUCGUGGAGGUGACUAGCAAAGCCUGGUUGAAGAGGAACCUGAAAGAAGAGGCCGAGAGGUUAAAACAGCAGCAGGCCGAGGAGGUCGUCAAUGGCGAUGAUGAUGAUGACGACGGCGACGACUUCAAACCGGCAGGUCCACGAAAGAUAUCAGAAAAACCCAAGGAACAUGAUAUGGUGAAGGUGACUCACGGCCCAGACGAAGGCAUUGAGGGCGAGUUGGUUUGCAUCGACGGUGCCGAUGCCAUCAUCAAGGAUACGAACGAUGACUUCAAGAUCGUGGACUAUGCCUGCCUUGGAGUGUUGACCGGCCCCUCUCCCCCUGGAGGUGGUCAAGCUCUUCGAGUGACUGCUCUUCGGCGACCCCAACUCUCCUCUGACUCCGACGACGAAGAUCUCGAUGACAGCGAUUGAGAAGAAAGGAUCCAACCAGCCACACCCUGAGAAAGCAUGAAGACGACGAUUUCCACCUUUUUAGUAAUAUUGAAAAGUUGGGUUGGGUGGCACUGGCGAGGAACCUUUAAACCCCCGUUUAUCUAAACGCUCUGGUAGCUAGAAUGUAGAAUCCUGACUGCGUGUCUGCCAGGCGAUGUCAAGAAGAACAACUGCAUGUUUUGUGUGGUAGGGUUCAGCCAAUUUUUUAAUACAGAAUAUUUAUAUAUGUUGUA